AUGUCCAGCAAGUCGAAACUCUCACGUCUUCAGCUUGUCGAUCUUGUGCAACAGGUGAUUGCAGGCCGAGCCGCCACAGAGGAGCAACAUGCGCAGCUCCUCCAGGUYGCCAAGGAUGAGCAAUUAGCUCGCUUCGUGUUCGAGUGGUUCGAAGUCCUGCGCCCAGAAACACACUCUGGCGCUGAUGACCCCAACGAUGGGGUGGUCUCUUUGCGGCGCCUGUUCUGGGGCGGGAAGACUGCGAUUCUAGUUGGAUCUCACGUAGCCCCAAGAGUUCCUCUCUACGGUCCCCAAGGCUUCCUCCGGAAAGCGUUCGCGAGGCAAUUUGCAUGGCGUUUAGCCCACGAGCUGAGUGCCGCCGAGCACGCGGUGCUUCAGUUGAGCACUGAAAUCGAUAAUGUCGGCGACAGCAGAACCCUUCACAACCAUGGGGUCGCCGAGAGCAGUGAUGCCUCGCAGCCUUGGCGGGCAGACGACCCUUUUGCAUUUGGUGUGCAGAGGACAUUGAGAUCGAUGGAAAUCAGCUUGCUGAAGGAUCAAGCUGUUCUCAUCGAGAAGGAGAUCAAGAACCAAAGCCAAUGGGCAACUGAUGGGAGGUUGGAAAAUGCUAAAGCACUGGGAGAUCUGCUGGCGACCCUCAUACACGAGCAUUACGACGAGAUCAUGUGCCAAUCGGGCGAGGCCGAACAACAGCACCGAGUUCACUCGUCUUUAGGACCACAGGAACGCAUYGCCGAGCCACGCCCAGCUCCUGCAGGACUCCCGCAAACCCUCCCAUUCGAAGACGAGGCGCAUCCCAACACAGCCAGUGAUGUCGGCGGGUGGAACGCGGAACGGCCUUAUCGCGACUUCGUGAUGGGCGGAAGUGGUUUCAAGCGACGUCGCUCACGCUAUAUCUUGGAAGAUGAUGACGACUAG